UUUAUUGCAAAUCGAUUUUGCCACAGCAGCAAAAGCAAAAGUAAGGGAAAACAGCUUUUGAAUAAACGCUUACUGUCAGACUAUAUUUAUAUUAAAAACAUGGGAGAUUAUUUUGAGGAUAUGGGACAUACACCCACCGGACCCGAGGGCGCCAAUGACUUUGAACGUCACUAUCGUCGUUUGCAGGUGCUGGCCAUUAUGAACGGCAUCGACAUGGAGAUUGAGGUGCCAGAGGCUUCCAAGCGUGCCAUUGAGGCGUUGCCCAUACACGAAAUUGUCAGCGAGGAAGUAAAGGAUGACUUUGAAUGUUCGGUUUGCAAGCAGCCAGCGGAAGCUGGUGCCAAAUUCAAGGUGCUGCCCUGCAAACACGAGUUCCAUGAAGAAUGCAUUUUGCUCUGGCUUAAAAAGGCAAACUCCUGUCCCAUUUGUCGCUAUCAGUUCGAAACAGAUGAUGAAGUCUAUGAGGAGCUACGUCGCUUCAGGCAGGAUGAACCCAAUCGUCGCGAUCGUCAAAAUGCUUUAAUGGAUUCUAUGUAUGGUUAGAGCUUAAUAUGCUGGGGAAUUAUAAUUGGUGGGAUUACUAUUGGGUGUUUGUGCAAAUUUAAAUAAAGGUGUAAAUGCUGCAAAAA